CUGUUGUGCCACAGUGCCCAUGUACUGCUGCAUACGUCCUUUAAAGCCUAUAUGGGGCUUGCAUUCGUCGCACGUCCUAUCGGUGCCCAUGAGCACAUACUUCUAGUAUAAAUGGAUUGUCGGCCCCAUCAUUCAUGCAAGCAGGCAGAAACCUCCCUCAUAGUCAUGCGAUCGUUCUCCGCCUUUUUGAUUGCAGUCAUUAUCACGGCCAGCAGGUCUACGUCAUGGGCCUCGGUCACCAUCCCAUUGACAAAGCUUGAGCGUGCUGGGUCGUACCUUCAAGGCUCUGCACACGCUGAUCGUGCCCGAGCGUCGUUCUUAAAGACAACCAGUGGCCCAAAGACCAUUCCGGCUACAAACUUGGUAUACAUACAGUACACCACGAGUGUCGGUGUCGGCUGUCCCCCCACCUACUACAAUUUAAUUGUUGACACGGGGAGUUCUAACACAUUUGUUGGAACGGGAAAAAAGUAUGUUCGUACAUCAACCAGUGUCCCCACUGGACAGAAUGUCACUGUCAACUAUGGAAGUGGCUUUUUCAGUGGUAUCGAAUACAAUGACACGGUGACUCUCGCAGCUGGCUUCGUCAUCGCGAAUCAAUCCAUCGGUGAUGCUCUUAAAUUCGCAAAUUUUGACGGUGUCGACGGCAUAAUUGGCGUUGGACCAGUUGAUCUUACGCAGGACACACUGUUUCCUGACACUGACACCUUGAUUCCAACCAUCAUGGAUAACGCUUUGAAGCAGGGUCUGAUCAAACAACGGAUUUUUGGUAUUUCAUUCGCGCCGGCAACGACUUCUAAUGACACCAAUGGAGCGAUUACAUAUGGUGGCAUUGAUCCUGCUUUUUACACCGGUAAUAUAACCUACGCUCCAGUCACCAAGAUUCACCCGGCAGCCCACUACUGGGGUAUCAACGUAACUGACGUAACAUAUGGCACACACACUGUGAUUCCUCGGUCAACCGCCGGCAUAGUCGACGCGGGCACAAGUCUGGUCGUGCUUGCGGAUGAUUUCUUUUUCAGAUACUUACAAGCCAUUCCCGGAGCCUACCUCGACGUUAACAACACUGGCCUCAUUGUCAUCCCCCCUUCCUCCGUCGCAGGCAUGCAACCCCUUAACUUCACAAUCAACGGUCGCGCGUUCAGCAUGGAUACAGCUGCACAACUGAUCCCAUUGAACGAGAACGCCAUUUGGGGCAUUGAGACUGGUGUACAAUACGGCGUCAUUACUAAUCUCGGUGCUGACAGCGGGAGAGGCUCGGAUUUCAUCCUUGGUCAGAAGUUCAUGGAGAAGUAUUAUGUUGUGUUCGACUGCCAAUCACAAACGCGUUGGCUUUGCGUACACUAACCACACCUUCUCGACAUAUUUGCCUUGAGUUGCCAAGCGCGAACUACGUAUCACUUGGGAAAAGUCUGAUAGAAUCGAUAAAUGGAGAUAUGGACGAUGUCAUGAAGGAUUCCAAUGUGGUGGUGGGUCAUAUAUGGAGCACGAUCUAUUGAAAAGCCCCUCCUUAGCCACGACAACUGCGUAAAUUAUGUGCCCGUACGGCACGAAGG